UUGGGACACAGUACGAUAAAGAAAGAGAGGAACCCAUUAGAUGGCUACUCAAAGGCAACACCGCCAAGAGUAACCGAGAAAAUGAGAACAAGUAUGCGGCGAUCCUUACUGAUAGCGACAUUAGCGACAUGAUCAUGAGCGGCAAUGUUCUGGAAACUCAGGAUUUAGCCAACGAACUACUUGAUAUCCGGAUAAGCAUUGAGGAUUUAGACAAUCCUUCAUCAUCACUGCCACUCCAAAAACGCGGUGUGCCACAGCAACAACAACAACAACAACAGCAGCAGCAGCAGCAGCAGCAACAGCAACAGCCAGACAAAGGAGAGGGAAAGGAAGUAGAGGGUAUUAAGGGAGGCAAAGCGAAAGAUGAAAAAGGAAACGACACAAUAAAUGUCAACAAAACCGGCAAAGAAGUCAAGAACUUCAAAGAGAAGAAGAAUGAAGUAGAGAUGCCUGAUGUCAUGUCGAAGGACCAAAUAAACGAGGAUGGAAAGGAGAAGAAGGACGCGGAGGAGCAGCACAAAAUGGCAGUAUCUCAAGAAGAUGAUGUCGUUGCUACUCUAGAGAAUAAUCUCCCUAAUAACAACAUCAAAGUCAACCAUAUCAACAAUAACAAUGACAAAAAAAAGGAUGGAUCUAAAAGUAUGAAAAAGAACAAGGUGCACGAUAACCAGAACGGAUAUGCUGAUUAUCAGGUGGAUAGUGGCUUUCAUGAGAAAAGUCCUGACCUAAACACUCUCAAUUCUCUCCAAGAUGCACUAGACAAACUCUUUGAAGAGAACGAUUUCGAGCCGAAGGUAGCUCAAAAGGACAAGAAGGAUAAGGAGGAUAAGAAGGAUAAGAAGCACAAGAAGAAGCACAAGGAUCACAAGGAGAAUGAUUUAAACAACGCAGGACAAAUCGAGAUAAACAACGGGCUCAAUGACAAAGCCUUCAACAACAUUGGCUUUGGAAAGCCAAAACACAAAGCGAACAAUAAACAUCAUGGUGAUCCUGGAGCCCGUAUAGCCCAAAACCGGGCACCAGCACAUGCACCAGUAUUAGUGCCAGCAGGGUCCCCUUCGCAUCCUGGACAACCCAUGCCAGCGCAGGGUCAAAGCAACCCUGAGGGCAAAGGCCCUUCCGAGCAGGCAGCACCCGCUGGAAAUAAGAAUGGAUCUUUGUCUGGGGGGUACGGGACUGUACCGAUGUUUGGGCCUGCACAACUAGAUUUGGGAUCUGAUGCGAGAGAUUCCAAAUUCAGCAUAUUAGAAAUUUCGUUUUGGGCAAGGGCUGGCGUUAUAAUCGCUACCACCGCAAUGCUUGUAGUCACUGGCCUAUAAGGGUUUAUUAUCAUCGUCCAGUUUUCUUCUG